AUGGAUGCAAUACUUAAAGAGCUUAAAAAGCAAUUAGAGGGGAGAAAGUUUCUACUUGUUCUUGAUGAUGUGUGGAAAGUUGCGCGUGAGACGUGGGAUAAAUUAAAGAAUCGUCUGGUAAAUACUAAUAGAAACAAUGGAAAUGCUAUUGUUGUCACAACUCGCAGCGAAGAAGUAGCGUCAAUUGUGGAGACUCCUAGUUCGUAUAGGCAUGCAUUGGAUUUCUUGGCAGAUGCUGAUUGUUGGUCCAUUAUCAAAGAAAGGGCGGCAGUAACAUCAAUCCCUGUGGACAUGAAGGCCAUUGGGAAGGAGAUUGCAGAAAAAUGUAGAGGAGUGACGUUAGCUGCAAAAGUUUUGGGUGGGAUGAUGGGUUCCGCAAGGGACAAGGAGGCAUGGUUGUCGAUUAGAAAUAGUACUGUUUUUAAUGCCUCACAUGAAGAGGAUAAUAUUGAGUCUAUAUUAAAACUGAGUUGUGAUCACUUGCCUUCAAAUUUGAAAAAAUGUUUUGCAUACUGUUCGAUGUUUCGAAAAGAUUUUGAGUUUGAAAAGGAAGAACUAAUUUGGCUUUGGAUGGCUGAAGGUUUUGUUUUGCCAUGUAGUGAAGAUGAGGGCAACAAGUAUUUUAAUGCCUUACUUCAAAAUUCAUUUUUCCAAGAUGUGGAAAGGGAUAAAUACGGGGAUAUUAAAGGGUGCAAAAUGCAUGAUCUUGCAUUAUCUCUUUCAAAGUAUGAAACAUUGACUUUGAAAAACUGUUCAACUAGUGAUGAUACAUGUUCCGCUCGUUGUUUAUAUGUGGAUUGUCAAAAUGCAACAACUACACUGGCAUUUCCAAAAGGUGGUUCUAAGAAGCUGCGUAGUUUAUAUACGAAUGGUAUCGUCUUUGAUGGUCUUGGAAACACUAAAAUCAAAGUGUUGCCUGAAUCCAUCACCAAGCUCUACAAUUUGCAAACAUUGAGAUUCCUUAGGUGCGAUUCACUUAAAGAGCUUCCUAGAAAUAAAAUAUGCAAUCUGAUCAGCUUGAGGCACAUUGAAUUUUCUUAUGACAGGCAGAUGCCAUCUAGAUUGUCCUUUUUUGCUGUGGGUACCAAUAGGAGAGGUAGCUUUGGAGAACUAGAGUGCUUAAACCAACUAAGCGGGGAGUUGAAUAUUAGUUAUCUUGAGGAGGUGAGAAAUAAAGAAGAAGCUAAGAAAUCAAAUCUACGGGAGAAAACGAAAUUGAAAGCCCUUCGUUUUGUAUGGAGUUUUUUUGAAAGAACAAGCGACAACAAUGAGGAAAUGUUGGAAGGUCUUGAGCCUCAUUCAAACAUAGAAAGAAUAAAGGUAGAGAGAUAUUUGGGUAAAAAGUUCCCUCAGUGGCUAUAUAGGAUGAAAAUUCCGAGUGAAGGUGAUUCUUUCACUGUCUUUGAUAAUUUGGUGGAACUUGUAUUGGAGGACUGUCUGUUGUGUGAAGAAUUGGACAUCUUCCUCGUCAAAACGCUGGAACUAAUAAGCAUGGGUAAGAUAAGAUGUAUAGGGAACGAAUUCUAUAGCAUUGACAUUGGAAGCACAAGCAAUGGAGGGAGAAUGUUUCCAACAUUAAAGAAAUUAUCUUUCGAUAGUAUGUGGAGUUUAGUUGAAUGGAAGGCACCAUCAGUGGAUGAAGGAGGCGAAACAUCUGUAUUUUCUUGCCUUGAAGAAUUGUGCAUAAAGAGUUGUCCUUUGUUGGCAAAAAUUCCAUUAAGUGAUAGUUCAUCGCUUGUGACAUUGGAAAUCGAAAAUUGUGAAGAAUUGAGUUACUUAUUUGAAGAACUACAAAAAACGUCCUCUGCUGCUGCUACAAAACGAUUUUACCUGCUCUUCUUCCUUUCUCUCUCUCUUGCAAAAUCUCCUUGUUUUUCUCCUUGUGGAAAGAAAGUGAGAAAGAAGUUUUUAUAUGUUUCAGAGGUCUGCCCUAGAAUGGGUAAAAAGGCAGAAGAUUCUGCAGAAAGUGAUGUAUUAAAUAGGAGGGUUGAGAGUGCCACGCCCGCCAUUUUCAUUAAAACGACACAAGCUGAAUCGGUUGUAUUACACCUUGUGCUGCAAGUUGUGUAA